AUGGCACAAACCCUUUGCAUCUAUAGAAAUAUAGCCAAUAGAAUAAAACUUAAUUUAAACCAGCUUUUCAAAAUGGCUAUAUUAAACCCUCGUUCUCUCGUUUUCCUUGCCUUUUGGCUAGCAGCGGCGACUGCAUUACCAGCUUUCCAGGGGCUUUUCCGCUUUCCGGGAAUUUCAAGCGACAACAAGCCCAUAGCUGGCGACUCUCCACUUCAACAGUGUGACGCGAGUGAGUCACAGCUUUUGGACAUUAGGCUCAUCAACCUGCUACCAAACCCUCCAGUCCGUGGGGAAAACUUGACAAUCUCAGCUGCGGGGAAACUCAGCAAAGAGGUUAACGAAGGUGCCUAUGUGGAUGUGGAGGUGCGUCUAGGGUACAUCAAGCUUUUGAGCCAGACCUACGACAUUUGCGAGGAGCUCGAAAACAACGACGUUAAUGGCUUGUCAUGCCCACUUUCACCCGGUGAGUAUAUGCUCGAGAAGAGCGUGGAGAUUCCAGGUGAAGUGCCUCCAGGAAAAUACAGUAUUGUGGCCAGAGCUUUCACGGUUGACGACGAGGAAAUCUCGUGCCUGACCGGAGAAGUGCUGUUCCCAGCUUACUAA